AAUGACAAACUCGCCCUUACAGCGGGGAGAAUCGCUUAAGGUGAUUUGGUAUUCAUCGGCGAGCUGUUAAGCUGUGGCCGUAUUGUAAAACUCACUGUCUCGCAAUCGACCAUAUUUGUCUUGGACGCUUGUUGGUGCAGAGCCUCGAAAGAGCCUCGCCGGGGCCUCGUCACACCUGUAUUACGGGGACAAAAUCCGCGCUUCUCUCCUGCCCUUCGCCGCCACCUAUGUCAGCUCUGGUGGCGAUUACGCGCCCGGUGCACACGCGUCCUCUACCAUUAUCCACCAAAGGAUUCGAUCCUAAUGGCUGCGCGCGGAAGGGAAGUCGCCGUAACAAUCGCACCGCAAGUGAUUUAAAGGCAGCACCGUGAGAGGAUUGGCGGCCAGCUCCAGCGCCUCUCCCGGACCUGCAUGUGUUCGCGUACGCCAUCUGGUGAGAGCCGCGGGAACUACUGGUACCCGCCAAAGCUACAGUGCCUUCCAAAAUCUAUAGUGUGCCCCAACCCCCGAAUGAAAUACAGUGUCCGUCAAAAUCCUCAAUGACAUUUAGAGGUACAGUGACCAUCGCAUGACUUGUGCCAGGGGAGAGAAGGAAGUAAAAAGCCCAAAACACAAACUAAAUAAAGCAGUUGCCAUAUCCCGCGUGCGCACUAAAAGGAAGUCUUCAUCAGGAGGGACCAAUAAAGACUUAUUGAGUGCAACCCAUACAGUGCGCUUGCCUUGCACCAUCGCACAAUACCUCCAUUAAGCUCGCCACCAUCGGCCGCUCUUGAAAACGCGGCCUGCAAUAUGACAAGCUACAGCUACUCAACACAGCAGGACCAGUGGAAGGAAAAUAAUAACAAUAACAACAACAACAACAACAGCAUUGGGAGUAUGGCUACUUUCUGUCAGUCCUCUGGCUCCGUCCCGGCCACCCUCCGCGACCUGUACGCGCGAAGUGGCCUGUCUCCCAAUUCCCCCUCGGCGGCGUCUCCUGCCUCGCCCCUUGACCCGACCAGGUACUCCCUGCCGUCGCUGCGUCAGUACGAGUUAGCACAGCAAAUGGUGACGCAGCAGGGGGCCGUCAACAAGCUGCUAGGAUCCCUCAGACCCCCCGGCAUGAUCGGAGGCUCGAAGCCGAAGGUGGCGACGCCGCAGGUGGUGAACAAGAUCGAGCAGUACAAGCGCGAGAACCCGACCAUCUUCGCGUGGGAGAUCCGCGAGAAGCUGAUCUCGGAGAGCGUCUGCACCAACUCCACCGCCCCGUCCGUCUCCUCCAUCAACAGAAUCCUCAGGAACCGCGCGGCCGAACGAGCAGCGGCGGAGUUCGCGCGGGCGGCGGGCUACGGCCUCUACAACCCGUACGCCUUCCCCUGGGCCAACCCCGCGCUGCUGUCGCCCCUCGCCGCCGCCCUCCCGCUGCACGCCGCCGCGGAGAGCGCCCUCGCCGCGAAGGACAGCGCCGGCGCCCACUCCGACGGGGAAGGCGGCGGCUCUCACAAGGACUCGCCCACGCAGCUGUCUCCCUCGGACCUCCACAGUUCCUCCUCGUCCCAGGGCACCAGCGAAGUCCGGUUCCGCAGAAACAGAACCACCUUCACCGCCGAUCAGCUGGACGAGCUCGAGAAAGAGUUCGAGAAAACGCAUUACCCCGAUUUGCCGACGAGGGAGCGCCUGGCCGAGAAGACGCUGCUGUCGGAAGCGAGAGUUCAGGUGUGGUUUUCCAACAGACGGGCCAAGUGGAGGCGACACCAGCAGCUCAGCGUCCUCCGCCCCUACUCCUCCUCCGACGACCCUCUCCCCCACUCCCCGAGGACGACCUCGCCCUACUCCGAGGGCGCGUCGAGCCCCGACAUGCGCCGCUCCCCGACCCCCCCGUCCCCCUGCCCCGUGCCAGCCCCCCUGGCGGCGCCCCCGUCGUCCGUCCGCCGGCCGAGCCCCACGGCCUGCGCCUCGCCCACCAGCCCCUCCAGCGCCUGCUCCACCACCACCACCUCGGCCCCGGCAGGAGGUUCCACCCCUGGCGGCCCGUCGGCGGCGCUGGGGCGGCGCUCCCCGCGGCCGGCCUCGACCUCUCCCCCUCCUCCCCAUCCGCUGGCGGCGCACCCUCGCCUGCUCUCACCCCUUCCCCAACCUCCGCCUUCACCCGCAUCGGUCGCCGCCCUCAACCUCUCCAUGCCGCACCCGCUGCCCCACGCCCAUCUCCGCCACAGCCCGCCCAUCUCGACCUCAGCCCACCUCGGGCGCCUGAGCAGCCGCCCGCCGCCGCCUCCCUUGCUGCCCGCCAGCCUGCUCUCGCUGCCCCAGUACCCAGGCUUCUCACUCGGGCGUGACCUCACCCUCACGCCCAUCAACCUCUCCAGCGCCCACGCCCGUGAGAUCAUGGCCGCCCAGGCUCGCUGCCUGCUCAAGUCGGCCGCCCACAGCGCCCACUACAAGUGCGAGGAGGAGGACAGCGACAUCGAGAUCGACCUCGACGCGCAGGAGGACAAGGAGAAGGAGGAGGAGGAGGAGGUGGUCGAGGCGCAGGACCUGAGCGUCAAGAGGAGGACGACGGAGAGCGAGGAAAAGGAGGAGGCCAAAGCGGAGGAGAAGAGUGCCGAGCAGACGGAGGAGGAGGAGGAGGAGGAGGAAACCAAGCAAGAGAAAAUGGAAGAUGCUUGAGCGCGGGUCGAGACUCGUGAGUGGAUGAGUUUUAAUCUCUCGUUUAAGGUAAUUUAUUGAUUAAUUUAUGCCAUCAACGAAGCUGAAUGCUGACUAUUUUACAAAGGAACACCCAGUGACUCGUUUAUCGGUGUCAGCUACCGAACAGAGACGACAGUAGAAGCAUUUUUAACUCUUGAAGCUUCGUGAAGCAAGAAUCACUCAUGGUUUCGAAGCCUCAGUCAAUACGUGUCCGUUUCUCUCACUCGUAAAGGAAUGGAAACUUAGUGGAAAUAAAUGUUACUCAGUCCACUGUCACAAACCUAAGAAAUACUUAAUAAAAAAAAAAAAAAUUGAACGAAAAACUCAACUUAUGUAAAUAUAGGUUUAAGUCUGAGAUAGUGCUGGUCAGUUUUUUUUUUUUUUGUUCUAUCAAUUGUAAAAAUCAUGAAAUCCAUGACUGAAAGUGCACAAACGAUUGAGCUUAAGUACUUAUGAAUGACCGAUAGAUGUAAAGUUAUCAUGCACAAGUUACUGAUACUUAUUUGUAUAAAAUCGUUAUGUGUACAGUAGAUAUGGGUGUUAUUGACUCUCUUAGGAAGAAGCUGAAGGGAAAGAUUCUCCUGUUCAUUUCAUUUCUGUGAAUAGCUAAACAACGAAAAAAUAGUUUCAUCAUAUAUAUUUGAAAUAUAUGUAUAUAUAUAUGUAUAUAUACUAUAUAUGUAUGUAAAACUAUAUGUAUAUAUGUAUAUAUAUAUUAUAUUAUAUAUUAUAUAUAUAUAUAUAUAUAUAUAUAUAUAUAUAUAUAUAUAUAUAACCUUUCAGAAACUCAUGUCCGUAGGCUAGACACACAGUAGUUGAUUGCACCAAAGACGUAUUUUGUAUCCAUCUUCUCUUUUUUUUCUUUUCUCGCUUGAGUUACUGUUGUAUAUAUUUCCUUUUCUUUCAUUAAGAGUUAACAAACCAAAACAAAAUCAAACGCAUUUAGUUUUAAGGUUUUAAUGUUUCUGUUUGACGAGAAAUGUCUCCUGCCACAUAUUGAUGGCAACGAUGACCUUUUAGAAAUGUAUUUGUAAAUAUAUAUAUAUUUAUGUAUGUAUAUAUGUAUGUAUGCAUGUAUGUAUAUAUGUAUAUAUACAUACAUGUAUACAUAUACAUAUACAUAUACAUAUACAUAUAUACGUAUAUGUCUAUGUAUAUGUAUUUGUGUAACAUAUAUAUAUGUAUGUACGUAUAUAUGUAUACAUUCACAUUUAUAUAUGUAUGUAUAAGUGAGUUAGCCAAAGAGGUAGACCCAAGCCAAUGUGAAAAUGAUCUCGUCUCUAUUUAUUCGAUUUUCAUAAUGUAUCGGACGAAAGUGGUCGUUCAGAGUGUAGGGAUGAGAGAGAGAGGGAGAGAAAGAGAGAGAGAGAGAGAGAGGGAGAGAGGGAGAGAGAGAGAGACGGAUAAAUAACCGGAAGACAGAAGAAAAUGAGCGGAUGAAGUGAAAAGUGAAAGAGAAUGAUGAGGGAGAAUGGAUAAACCAGACAGGAUGUGAAGCGAAGAGGAAGAGAAAAAAAAAAAGGGUGAAGAGGAAGAAGAGAAAUAGAGGAAAAGACGGAAAACAGACGAGGAAAAUUGAACAAGAAAAAUAAAUAGACAAUGAAACAAGGAAGUGACUCAGUAGACGAAAAAAAUGGAUGAAAUGAAUCCUUCUUUUCCUCCCGCCAAAAGUGUCCGAUUGCCUGCAAUUCUCUCCGGCAUCAUCGACGUAGACGAAGACGAAGCCAAACUCAGCAUCUCAACCCGUGGGCCGACGAAAAUAAACAAAAAACAAACACAAAUAAAACAACGAACAAAAAAAAAAACACAAACACACACACACACACAAACAAACAAACUUUAAAUAGUAUUCUCUUCUCUCACAAAUUUUCCCGCCCCCCCCAAAAAAAAAAAAAAUAUCCUCAUAUAUCAUCAAUUGCUCAUCUCUCAUCCUAAAAUUAUAGAAAAAAACAACAACAACGAUAGAACUUAGAUAUAAGAUUAAGAUAUAUAUAUAAUAAAACAGAAAACUGAACCCUUUGCCAAGCUUAUAUUUUUGCACGUGCCUUUGUAAUAUUAAGUGUGUGUGUGCACAGUAAAGGUGUGAGGCAUGGAA